CUCAUUAAUGCUCAUUUAUUGAUCAAUGUAUGAGAUGUGGCUGUUGUAAAGUGGGCGUUGCUGCGGCUCCCGCAUUUCCCCAGCCGCAGCUACUCGGCUCCUGGCGAGCGUCUCGCUUCAUUCCUGGUUUCCGAUCCAGGAUCGGCCUCACACACAAUGAACCGGAACCUCUUGCUGUUCUGCCAACGUUUCUCCAGGUUCAACGUGUCCCACAAUAGCAGGAAAAAGGUUCGGGUGCAGCUGUUCACGUUGCAGCCCCAAUGUAGUCUUUGAAGGGUCGCCGAGGCAGCCGCACUGAGUUUCAAGAGGGGUGAAGAAUUUAGAUGAUGGAAAGAUAUUCCUGGAGAUGUCUCUGGGUCAGCUCUUGCGACGCGCAUCUUCAAAAGCCUCUGACCUCCUGACCUUUAAUCAGUCAAGUGGAUCCUCCAGGAUCCUGGAUGGUGAAAUUAUAUACUCAAAGAACAAUGUUUGCGUCCAUCCGUCAGACCUGCUGCGAGGCCUUGGAGAACACCACCCAGGGUACUUAUGCAUACAUUUGGAAAAGGAUGAAUUACUUGGAACAACACUUAUUAUCACCUGGAUCCCAAACACCCGUAUCCAACGACAAGAUGAAGAGGCUUUAAGAUACAUCACACCUGAAAGUUCUCCUGUGCGAAAGGUACAGCGUAGGAGAUGCCGACAUGCACCUGUUGUACAUCAGCCUAUGAGCAGUACAGGACAAAGGCAAGAACUGGUUCCAGCAGAGGAUGAUGAGAUAAUAACUGUGUCAGAGAGCAUGACUAACUCUAUGCACAUUGGCUCACCAGGGCCAGUGCAGAGCAUGUCGCCACAUUCCCUCACAUUGCAGAUCUCCCAUGGUGCACGACAGCAAGCUCACAGUGACUCAGAAAUUUCUUCGACAAUAACUUGCCAGGAUGACCAGAAAGUUCUGAAGAUUUCUGCGGAAGGUCAGAACGAGGCUAAUUCUAAGAGGGAGCAAGGAGAAGAUGAAGCAUCAUAUGAUCUAACCACUGACGAUGUCAGCAGGGACAGCACCAUUGGCUCGGAUUCUGAUACAUUCUCAUCUCCAUUAUGUCUGUCUCCAAUUGGUGACCCUAUGGCAGAAAGUAGCAGAUCUGUGUUUCUUGAUGCAGAAAGCAGAGAGAUGUGCGAAGAACAUAUGGCUAAAUUGGCGAACUCCAUCUCAGACCACUCUUCUGAUGCACAGUACACUUUGCAGUUUUCUGAGAAUUAUACACAACCGUACAGCACAAAAUGGGAAGAGCAGCAGAAGGUGUUGGCACUUGAGCAACUCUAUGGUGUUUUUAGAGUUGAUUUGGGCCAAAUGCGAUCACUGCGCCUUUUUUUCAGUGAUGAAGCAUGCACGUGUGGUCAACUGGUCAUCGCUAGCCGGGAAAGUCAGUACAAGAUUUUCCAUUUUCACCAUGGUGGUCUUGAUAAACUUAGUGAAGUGUUUCAGCAAUGGAAAUAUUGCACUGAGACCCAUCAGAGGGAUCAGGUGUCUGAUGUAAAGGCUUGCAUGCAGUUCUCAAUAAAACGCCCUAAUUUGCCAUCAUCAGAGACUCACCCAGAAGAGAAUAUGUACAAGCGGUUAGAUGUCACUACAUGGUUAAACCAUCUGAAUGAUGCUGGCCAAGUGGAAGAGGAAUACAAACUCCGCAAGGCAAUAUUUUUUGGAGGUAUCGAUCCUACAAUUCGUGGAGAAGUCUGGCCAUUUCUGUUACGAUUUUAUAGCUGUGAAACAACAUCAGAAGAAAGGGAAGCUCUACGGAUUCAGAAACGUGCAGAAUAUGAAGAAAUUCAGCAAAAAAGAUUGUCUAUGACUCCAGAGGAACAGGAAGAUUUUUGGCGGAAAGUUCAGUUUACUGUUGAUAAAGACGUGGUUCGGACUGAUCGAUCCAAACAGUUCUUCAAAGGGGAAAACAAUCCCAAUGUGGAAGCUAUGAGGAGAAUUUUGCUGAACUAUGCAGUUUACAGUCCUGAGAUAGGGUAUUCCCAAGGAAUGUCUGAUCUGGUGGCUCCAAUCUUGUCAGAGGUCAGGGAUGAAUCUGACACAUUUUGGUGUUUUGUCGGACUAAUGCAGAAUACAAUUUUCAUCAGCUCACCACGGGAUGAUGAUAUGGAAAGACAACUGCUGUACCUGAGAGAGCUACUGAGAUUGAUGCACCUCCGUUUUUACCAGCACCUGGUGUCCCUGGGUGAGGAUGGGCUCCAAAUGCUGUUCUGCCAUCGAUGGAUUCUCCUCUGCUUUAAACGCGAGUUUCCUGAAGCAGAGGCACUUCGCAUUUGGGAGGCAUGUUGGGCUCAUUACCAGACUGACUACUUCCACCUGUUUGUUUGUCUGGCCAUUGUUGUGAUUUAUGGGGAUGACGUGAUUGAACAACAGUUAGCAACAGACCAGAUGCUACUUCAUUUCAGCAACCUGGCCAUGCAUAUGAGUGGGGAGAUUGUGCUAAGGAAGGCACGGAGUCUUUUGUACCAAUUUCGUCUCUUGCCCAGAAUCCCUUGCAGUCUACAUGACUUGUGUAAGUUGUGUGGCACAGGAAUGUGGGACAGCGGAUACAUCCCAGCUGUGGAGUGUACAUUAAAUCACUUGGAUUUUGAUGAUUGCCCGUAUGGAGGGACCUCUGCUACACCAUCUCCAAGAUCAGCACAUGAAGGCAAAAGAGGGGCAAAAGAUGUUUUCACUUUCCUGAGAUAGUCUUUCUAAUUAAGCAUAUUUUGUGCUCAAAGUCCAAUUACUAGGCAUUGUUUUGAAGGUAGUUACUUGAUAGGGGCUGAACCUGAUUACUUAGUAACUAUAUAUUUUUUAGUAACUGUGAGCUAGUAUUGAUAUUUCUCCUGAUACAGUUUUGGGCAUCCCUAGGAUUGAUACAGUUGCUCAAAACUAAUUAUUUAAUACAAUUUUUCUGAACUUAGGUGAUUUGAGUUGAAGUGGAAAAGGCACACAAGGAGGGAGAUGAUGGUGACCUGAGCACUUUAACCUAUUGAAAUAUAAAUGGGUAUCUUGGGGAUUCCCUCAAUUGGCCUAAACAUAGUGUUUGUUUUGAAUGAUUUUUAGGGAAGAGAAAAGUCAAUUUUCUGGAAUGCUUAUGAUGUGUUGCAAAAAAUGCAGUUGACCCUUGGGAAACUCUGUGUGAAUGUAUAAAUAUGCAGCUUAUUUGACAAUUCCCAUACAAUGAAACACUUCAGUGUUGAUUUAAAUAUAUUUUUAAAAUUGCUGGCACCCAGCAAUUUGCAGUGUUGUCUGUAAAUAUCACUUAACCACAUCCCUAUCAAGGAAACGUUAUACCUGAAAAUGCAUUGCCCUUAGCACAAUAAUAGCUUAAAAAUAGCUAAAUGCAUUGCCUUUUCACAUGAUGGUGUUACCUAAUUGUAUGCUGUUGGCUAAACUUCAGUCCAGCUGUGGAUUUGUGACAGUCAUGAGAAUUCAGACUUUUCUUGCAAAGGUAAAGCUUUGAUGGAGAAAACUAAAACACCUCAUUUACCAGAUUAUCUUGUUUAAAUUGCCACAUCCCAGUAUAACCAUUAAUUGUACAACCAGAAAGCAUCUUGAAAUCUGUUAGUAUUUCUGCCGUAUCACUGGACAUUAACUUCCAUUUUAAAAAAGCACCUUAAGUCAGUGGUUCUCAAGCUUCUUUGAUUAAAGGACCCCUUUUCAAAUAGAUUAGUAAUCAUGGACCCUCCCAUCUAAAUUAUAAUACUGCAUAAUGCUCAUAAUAUGAAAAUGCUGCAUGUAAAGAGUCUUUUAGUAAUGCUUUUAAGAAAACAGGUGUUUACUUACAGAUAUCUGUGAGAUGGGUGUCCCUGUUUCUCACUGCAGAGUCUACCAGUUCUUGGUGUGAUGUUUGGCAAUGACAUUCGUAAGUCAAUCUCCACUUUCAGAUCAACCUGCACUUUGUCUUGAUUGCUGUCAAAGCAGAAAAUGUUGUUUAACAAAUGUAAGUUUUUGGGAAAGGUAGCAACACAUUCAUUGUUUCAUUCACUAAUUCUGGCUACUUUGCCAGAACUGUGAAGGUGUUUGUUUUUGCAUGUUAAUUUUCAGUGAGUGCUCACAGGACAGUUCCACCCAUUCCUCUUUCACUUUUCCACUUCAGCAACAAAAUGACAUAGCAAAUGUUGAAAAUGAAUCCUAAACCUGAUUGGACUUAUCAAUUUUUAUAUUUUAAAAAUCAACGCUGAAGUACUCUGCCAAUGUUGCAAGAUGAGCAAUGGUCCUUUCUUUCAUGCAAUCAGCUGUCAUCCAAAACACAGCCAGCAGCGGGAACAUGCCUGAAACUCCAUUGCUCAGUCUAAUUUUCCAAAUCUCAAUUUUGUUCCUCAAUGUUGCAGUCUUGUCACUAGCUCAAGCAUGGUUGUAUUGCCCUUUGUAUUGAUUUGAUUCAGAGUAUUGACAGGUUAAAAAUGUCAGCGACGUAUGCAAAAUUUGUUACCCAUAUGUGAUCAGAGAAGUUUUCGGCUAAUGCAGGAUUGUGCUUAAAAAAAAAGUUAGCUAUUUAUGAAGCUCAAAAACUUUUACUCUGCCCCGAGAUAACCAAUGUUCUACAAUGUGAAACAAUUUUCAUGUCCUGCACCCAUUUCUGAACACUGCUUUGCAAACAAACAUGAAUUCACAGGUUUGGACUUCACAAAAGUAACAGCUCUCGUAUUUGCAUUGAAAAGAGCAUGUAAUUCAGCUUCCAUUCUUUUUGAAGUAAGGGCUUGGCGAUUCAGCAUAGUUUUUGUCACAAUUACCUGCUGCUCUUUUUUUCUUGCACCACCAUUCCUUUUGCCUGCCAUAGAGUGAGCACCGUCUGUGCAAUGCAGCAUUCCCACUUAAGCUCCCACUCUGAUUCCAUGAAAUUAUUUAGUAACUUGAUAUUUCCUCAACAAAAACAGAAAUACCUGGAAAAACUCAGCAGGUCUGCCAGCAUCAGUGGAGAAGAGCAAAGUUGAUGUUUCAAGUCCUCAUGACCCUUCAACAGAACUGAAUAUUUCCUCACCUGUUGUUAAUUCUGGUAACGCCUGACAAAAAUGAAAAUCUUUGAAAAUUUCCCCUAAUCAAACAAAGCACGCUUAAACUAAUAAUUGUGCUGUACCACCAGUAUCCAUUGUCUCAUCCAGCUGAAUUGCAAACUGCUCACAUUCACAAAGCCUUUCUGACAAUUGGCAUUUUAUGUCUAAGUUCCUUGAUUCUUCUACCAACUCGGCCAUUAGAAAAUGGUUUUGGCCUUCACCUUUUGUGCUGCCUUUCAGUCACCAUCACAAUUUUGCAGCAGCUUUCUACAGCAGCUGGAAGAAUCAGCUCCUCUCCAAUAGUGUGGACUUUCUUUCUUUUAG